AUCUUAUGAGCAAACUAAAACUGUAAAAUAAUUGAACUUGUUCUUUGAACAUUUUCAACUCUUCAAACGCACUAUGUUUUCUAUGUACAGACCAUUGGCGCGAUCAAAGGACAAUUCCAAAUUUAUACGGAGCGCCAGUGAAAUCACGAGUUUUAACAAUCAAACCGACAAGUCGACCCGCUCGCCGACUCGCGACAACUUUAACUCGUUCAUGCGCGAGUUUUGUUUGCAUACUUUCAACGUAUGCCGCGUAGAAAUUUCGUUUUACUAAUUUCGGGUAGGUAGAUGGACGAGAAUAGACCGACGGAAACGAGAGACGAACACGGUUUGCAGUUUUUCAGAAGAAUUUUACGCCAAAGUCUUCCAAGGGGGAUUUUGUCGAAAUUCUUGGGAUAAAUCGAGAGUACAGAUGACGGCGUGUAAUAUAAAAAUUGUGGUUAGUGUACGAACAAGGCAGCAAACACGAAAGUCUGAAUAUUAGAACGCAAACAGGUAAAUUCACUCAUUCAAUCACUUUAUUCCCUUCACCUAUAUGUCUACAAAAUUUCUACAAAAGUUUUUCCUUUAAAAACAAAAAUGAUCAUUUUUAAUACUCUGACGGACGGUUGUCUAAAGUAAUUCAGCUCAAUAUGUAUUCGCUAAUUUUUGUGUGGUUGGUUAUGUCUUUAUUUGAAGUAAUAACAAAUGUUCAAUAAUCAACGAGGUUAGAAUUUAACACUCGUUCUUUAUUAUUUUCUGUUGCUUUCGAACGAGGUAAAAUGCAUUAAAUUGAGUUGGACAAUUCUAUUGUAAAUAUAAAGUGUCUAUAUAUAUAGAUAAACACAGGUUGAUCGCUGUACUCUUUUAUAUAUAAAAUUUAAAUAUCGUCUUGUACUCUAACCACUGAAUUAUUUUGAAAUUAGACAAGUACAAGCACAAGUAGAUUAGAAUUUUCUCUAUUUAAAUUGAAUAUUUUCAUUCUCGACUUGACUUUUCCUAACUGUAGACACAUUCCGUUGUACAAAUAACCCAUACUUUUAAACUACCCCUCGUUUACGCGAAUUCUUGUUAUAUAUUUUAGAUUACCAGAUCAGGUUAGAAAAAUUUAUUUUCUAACCCAGAAAAAAAAGUGGUAUUCGUCUAAACAACAAUUGGUCUAACAUUUCGUUACAAUAGAUAUCGUAUGGACAGAAUAAUAUCUUUUAAUUCUUCGUAUCGUUUAGAGAGCAAACAUCUAAGCUAAAGCACCGUCCAUGAUGGGCAAUCCACACGAGGACCCAACCGCCCCCUCGGCGAAGAGAGGGAUCCAAACCGGCAGAAACUUUGCCACUUCGUACAUGGAGCUGUGCAAGCAGCAUCGACUGCGUCCACUGCCAGUAAUCUGUGUGGCUCUGCCUCACAACUUGGACUUCACCACCGACAGGGUGAAAAUGGACGACUGGAAUCCGAUCUUGAACUCCCUGUCCCUCGAUCGUAGCCUGAAAUCGAUCAGCGUGCGCAGCAGGUACCAGUGUCGCAAGCCACUGGAGGAGAUAAAUUCCGAGGACAAAGCGAGAACGAUGGGCAAAGCGCCCGUAGUGUUGUCUCGCUAUCUUCUAGAGUGUUUGUCCCACAGUGUCAGUCAAUGCGUCGGGAAUUCUGCAGCUCUGACCAGUCUGGAACUGGAAGGCAUACCGUUCCCACCAGAUUGCUUGGCUGUGCUGUGCGUCGGGUUGUCGCACACUCAGACCUUGCGGUACUUGUCCCUUCAGCGCUGCUACAUCGGGGACAGUUCGUGCGAGUUGGUAUGUCGCACCGUGGCCGACGUUUCUAGCGUCAGAUCGCUGAACCUCAGCUCCUGCGACCUGACCUUCAAAUGUGGAUCAGCCUUAGCAGCGGCGCUCUCGAGGCAAAAGUUAUCCCUCUACCACGACACUUGGAAGCAAUCGUUGAGGUACCAGGAGCCGAACAUCGAGGCGAUGCCAGGAUUGCGUCGUCUGACGUUGAACGACAAUCCUCAAUUGGGCGACACAGCGGCGAUCGAGUUGAUCGAUGCGAUACGGGACAGCCUCUGGCUGAAAGCUCUGGACAUGCAACGUUGCGGCUUGACCGACAAGAUCGCCAAUGAUCUCCUAGAAUUGCUCACUUACAAUACAACCUUGAUGGUCCUCGACGUCCGACAGAACGCGAACUUGAACGAGGAGCUGGCGAAGGAUAUAAUGAAGAGGCUGGCGCAGAGCAACGUGGACGCAAAGUCUGAUUUCAGGUGGCUUGGUUUACCUGAACAGAAUCGAAGAGUAGCCUCUGCUGGUGGCAGGAAGAGGACUGAGAAUGAAAACAAAACGCUGCCCAGACCACGAAGCGCCAUGACGGAGUACGCCAAGAGACCCUACCAGACUCCGUCGAGAAAAUCAGCCACUACGACGAACAACAACGUAUCGAAAAUUAAAGGUAGACCGCAUGUUCCACCGUGUAAACUGGUACGGCCUCAGCAGAGGGACCAGGAACAACAACAAAUCGGUCAGAACGGUCAGCUGAAGCCUAAAAUGUCCCUUCAUCUGGACCUCCAGUCUCAUAUACAAUCUGUCAUAGGCGAAGGGAUGGACACCGCGUGCAACGGGACGUACGAGAACAGUGGUCGGCGUGAAACAGACAGCAGAACCUGUUCGAAAGCUGAUACGAGCAAGGUAGACGCGACGACGCAAGUGACGAGCAGCCCGGAAGUCGAGGAACUAUUAAGAACUCGCAUAAUCCAGGUUGAAUUGGCGGAGGCCAGAGCAGAACACGAUCGCCUCGUAGAGGAAACGAAACGCAGCAGUCUCUUGUUAGCCGUGGAAAAGAAUCGCCGCGAGGAGGCCGAGGCGAAGCUGAACGGCAUGAGGAACAAUCUGACAGAGUUGGAGAACGCUUUGAAGGAGAAAGAGCAGGAAACGAAUGGAUCCGUGCUGCUUAGCCAGCAGUCUCUCGACGAGAUUUGCAGUUCGUUUGAUCGUCUUUUAGAGAUGCUGGACAGCGUCAACAGGAAUCCAAAUACCGGCAGAACGGAGUCCACCGAGAUGGCGAUUGUUCAGGCGGACAUAAAGGAACGAGUCGCCUCGGUAAUCCGACAAACCAAGUCGGAGAAUCUGAGGAGAGGAUUCGUCGUGGACGUGGACGAGGACGACUCGAUAGGGUACACCGAACCGAUCAAGAAGUUGGCCAAAUCGGAGAGUGACGUCAGAACGACGUUACCUCCGAUAUCGACGAUGCAUUUGGAAAGGAACAUAGGGGAUAGCCCAGACGUAGGUUCGUCCGCGCUGCCGAACAGAAUUCUAUGUCACGAAGCGAGAAUGGACGCCAUGUCUCCCAGAGAGAGAGCCAGAACGCUGUUCAAACAAAUUCUUCACGCAGACUCUAUGUUCGACUUUUGCAAUCACGUGGAUUAAAUGUUGUCACAGACGGAAUGGUUUUUAUAGAAA